AUGGCCGCAGCCAUGCAGCUCGCAUUGGCCAGCUCCACAGAUGAGGUGUACGAGGCGUGCAAGGACCCAGAGACGGGUGUUUACGACUUCCUCAGACACAUGGCGUUGAGACGUUCCUACGUGUCCGUUUUCGCAGUAGACCACCAAGGCGCCCUUUUGCUAUUCGAUGGCCACAAACACUUCGUAGCAGAAGGCGGGUUCACAGAGCACACGGAGUUCGUGCGAGGCCUCCUCUCGGACGGAUGGCUCGCCCCACUGAAGGACGAGGCCAAAGGGGGGAAAAAGGCGCCAGGCCGGAGGCGCCCCGCGCCCAAGCGUUCCUUGGAGCUCCAGGCGAUGCUUCGGGCGCCAGACGAGCCGCCCGAGCCGACAAUGACGGAGAGAUCGAGGGCCGAUGGCGCGCGCGGCGAUGCCCCUGCGCCUGGCGUCGUCGAUGAGGCGGAGGCCCCUACUUCGGUGCCCUGCGGGCCGUCCCACGGCGAGCGCCCGCCUGAUCCGCCUGAAGGGUUGCGACCAGGCGAUGGGGUUUGCAUCGCUCGGACUGGGCGCGGCUGGCGUUGCGAGCGGCCCAAGAAACACGGUGACUACUGCGCGCAGCACGCGAAGCAGGUCACGACGGCUGGCUACCGGCACGACUUGGCCAAAGGGCUAAAGCGCGCCUUCCUCGACGCGGCCCGGUCCUUCCGUCUGAGACAGGCUGCCGAGGAGAAGGCGCAACUAAAGGUCGCCAUCCAGAGGUCUCUACAAGAUGGAGAGGCCGCGCGGCAGAGGCAGGAGCGCAGCCUGGAAAUCUUAGCGCCGCGGCUUCGAGAAAGAGGGUUGGUCCGCUUAGAGACGGAACCUCUGGGCAAUUGCCAAUUUCUCGCAGUGGCGCGGAGCGCCGGCUUGGCAGACUCCCACGAGAGCUUGAGAGAGCAAGCUUGCGAUUACAUGUCGACGCUGAAGGACAUGUUCAUGGGCUUCGCAGGCGUGGACGACCUCGACUACGACGCCUACGUCGCGGACAUGCGCAAGGACGGCACGUGGGGUGACGAGCUCACCCUCACGGCGCUCGCGCACCUUCUCAUGCGCCCCAUCUUCGUGAUCAGCGACACGACGGACCCCGCGUACGUGCUCGAGGCGCUCCCGCCGGCAGCGGUCUCCCGGCGCGCAUGGGGCCCCGAGAUCUGGGUGGUCCACCAGGGCGAGCGGCACUACGAGGCGACGGCGCCAGCACCAGCGCCGGCUUCGGAGGAGAACGAGCCCAGGCAGGGCGCAGGAGAGUGA